UUGCCCUCCAGUAUUACAGCAUUCCCUCAUUGCUCUGGAGCCGGUAUAUGCAGUAUCCAGCACGCAGCAAUGUACGGACACAAUGAGGCCGCCGUUCUCUUACCAGGCAAGCCUUGGGAACGCAGUGCUCCGUCGCUGCCCAAAACCAACAUGGCGGAACAAGCCUACGACUAUUGAAGUUUUUUUUUUUGUUUUGUUUCCGGAAGUGACGUGUUGAAAGGCGCGACGCUGCAUCUUUGCUUGUGUACUGGAUUGAAGCGGCACAGAUAAUAUACGGGAUGUCUCGUGAGAAAAUAAUCCGGGAUGCGCUCACAGAUUUCAUCCAAUCUCAUAUACCUAAUGCUGAUGUCAGUGCCAUGGAUGAAGUGUUCUUUUCCUAUGUCACUGGGGUUUUAGAAGAACUUGGAUCUCAGGACUCUUCAGAUGAAGAUUUUGACAUGGAAACUUUUAUGGAGAUGUUGGAAGGUUACAUUCCAGGAUUUGCUGAAAUUGGCAGUGAAAAAGUUUAUGAAAUGAUGUUUGAACUUUCUGGACAGUUGAGAGAAGCUCGUAGUAAGGAAAACUGUUCCACGGAAACAUCUGAUCCUCCACUGAUGGGAACGGAGUGCGAUCACAUCGAACUCGCAGAAAACGGGUUGCAUGUAGCUUCUGAAGGAGCUGAGGCCCAGGAAAAAGGUAAAACACAAGGUUAUGUAGAUGCGCUGUUAGAGAUGUUCCCAGCAUGUACAUUGUGUCAAGCCCAGAAAGUGCUCUCUAUGGCUAAAGGAAACCUAGAAGACGCUGUACAGAUUAUAGUGGAUGGGGAGGUUACUCUUGAUCCAUCAGAACCACAGGUAUUGCAAAAAAAAACAAAAAAGGAAGACCUGAAAGAAUUUAUUUUACAGAAAUACAUGUUGGUUGAUGACGAAGAUGACAAAAAAAACCACAGGCCUUUGAUGCCUAAAGAGGCCCCUAAGAAAAUGAUUCGAUACAUUGACAAUCAAGUGGUCAGCACAAAAGGGGAGAGAUACAAAGAUGUCAAGAAACCCGAGAGUGAGGAAAUGAAGAAAACCUACAUAAAUCUUAAGCCAGCGAGAAAGUACAAGUUUCACUGAGGUGGUAUAGCAGCGGGGUCUUCCCAGCUUCUGUUUAGUCUGGAGCCUGUGAUCACGAUGGGUAGAUACCAAUACACUCUGUAACAGAGAAGAGAACUUUCAGGAUUUAGCUCUGGUUUAUUCAUUUAUGGGGAGGGGUGGGUAUUUCUUUCACAAUAAAUAAGCAAUACAUAUCAGGCAGAAGAGACUAUAUACAUAAAUCUCUCAUGACUCUAUCUUAAGCCAUUUUACUUGGUGUCCAUUAGAUCUGAAACUAUUCAUGGUGCGUUACAUAUAAUUCAGUGCUGGCUCUCAGGAACUAAGUUCAUCUUUGUAAAGCUACCUUCAGUUGUUCAAGAAGAUACAAAGGUAUGAAUUCCAGUAGGUGCAAGGCAUUGGAAAAGCCUAGUAACACAGGACUUCUGUUACUCCACGAACAUUUCAAAACUUGUUGAUCUGAUUGGGUCUAAAUCCUGAGGCGCGCAGCGAUUGUGACAUAUAAGCCGGGGAAGUGGGGUGGCAUUGCAAUCCACUGACUGGCCAGCAGGCAGAUCUGACCUUUUCUCUGCAUAGAAGUCUAUGGGUAUAGAAACAUAUGAUGGAUCACUUAGAACCAAAUUGGGAAAAGACACUAAUAGGCCACACUUUGCUCCUUACCUUCAGGUGAUGUGCAACAUAGCCGCCUGAAUGCAUUUUAUUUUUUUUGUAAAGGACCCAGCUCAAAUGUGGCCAUCUAGGCCCUCUGUCCUCAAUUGUUGACUUUCACUUCUCCCUUGAUCCUGAAUCAGACCUAGAUGCUUUGUGGGAAAGCCUUUUACUGCAGUCCAUAAGAUGCUCUCUAUCAAGGUCCCUGGACAAUCGACUCUUGUUAAGAUGUGAGUUGUUCUUCUUUUAAAGGAUCAAAUGUUCUUGCAAAGCUUUGGUCCAGGAAAAAAACAAAAAAAAACCUUGGUUCUUUAAA